CUGUAUAAUUUUGUUUAGUUUUUGUAUUCAAAUAAAUGGUUGAAUUCGGGAGAAAAACUCGGCUUUAUCUCAUCCUGCCCUGAUCAAUCCUAGGCAAACUAUUUUUAUGGACCGAGAUCGGUCCGGUACAUUAAUCUUGUGACCCGGACCGGCCAGGAUGAACCGGACCGCCUCCUCCGCCUGCCUAGCCUGCACCGGCCCCCGCAGUUAAACCCAACAUGGAGGUGAAAUAACGACGAAUAGGAAUGAAGAUGAAAAGGCUGGGGCUCGAAUGAGGUUUGGUUUGAGGAGAAGCGGAGCGGAGCUCAACCCGACAGAGAAGCCUCAGUUCCCUGUAGUGCAGUGACAUCCUAGGACCAGUCGGAGAAACCCUAUUUAUUCUCAAACCUAGAAACUAGAUUUAUCUCUCAUCCUGCAACCUUGAUCAGGAUGAUUGACAGAAACAUACCAACUUCCAUGGAAGGAAUGGAACGGGGAAUGUAUCAUACCUCUGACAGAAUGGAGCAUAAUGGAGACUUUAGAAAUGGAGAUUCCUCUCCGAACAGACGUAGUGGUUCUCCUAUAUCAUCUCCCCCCUCUUCUCCACCACGCUCCUCUCCAGCUAGAUUUCCAUCCAGGGGGUCUCCUACAGGAUUCCCAUCUGGUCCCCUUCCCAUUCCAUCCUCCCUCCCCCCCUCCCUACCUCCUGGGGUAUUUCUGCCCCCUAACUUCAACCUCCAACGACCUCCAAGCGAUUAUCUGAACCUACAACUAUCAGAAGGUGGAUACAGCCGUAGUCCGUCAUACAGUAUGGUUAGCCCGAACGACCCGACGGCGAAUGCUUGUAAAAUCGUGGAUUUUCACGGCGAGAAAAUCGCCAGCUUUAAUAUUCACGGGAAGACGAUGUUGUGUCUGCCGCAGGCCUUCGAGUUGUUCCUGAAGAACCUGGUGGGGGGACUCCAUACUGUUUAUACUAAGUGUAAACGUCUAGAUAUACAUCCUCUAGUGUGUAAUGUAGAACAGGUUCGUGUACUGCGGGGUUUAGGAGCUAUACAACCUGGAGUAAACAGAUGUAAACUAAUCGGGGAUACAGAUUUCGAGGAACUCAUGAAAGACUGUAACACUUCGAGAUCUGUGUGUAGGCCUGGACGUCCUCCGAAGCGAAUGACCCCUAUUACGACCUUCUCCUCCAUGCCUCCCCAUCACGAGAUGUUCACCUCCCUGCCCCGCACCAUACCCUUCCCUCCCCCACACUCCAGGGAGAUGCCCUUCAAUCCCUUCAUGUCUCUUUCUGGACAGCAACAGGCGCAUCAGAUGGCUGCGCAUGCGCAGAAUUUACUGCGGAGUCAGGGUAUGCCUGGACAAGGAUUAAUGCAGGAACAGAUGUUGGAGAAAUAUGGAAACAUGCUGAGACAUUUGCAUGGGUUAAAAAAUGAAGAAGAUAUUCAACGGUCCCCCACCCUCCAGGGUUCCCCGCCCCAUUCCCCACGCUCCCCCGCCCUUAACCUCUCCUAUGGUCAGGAGGACCGACUCAAUCUCCUGAGAAAGGAGGGGCUCCACCUUCAAAUGAAAGGGGAGAGCGAGUCCGACCCCGGAGAGAUGAGCGACACCAGCGUGGAGUGUGAGAGAAGGGAGAUUGUCAAAUCUCGGACAGAUGUUGACAGACAGACAGGCUGGGCGGACAGACAAACGGACAGCUGGAAGGAAGGGGAGAAAACACAGUCUCCAGCCUCAAUGAUACAGCUGAUGAGCCAUAUUCAGGAUUUAGUAAAAACUGCAAUAAACAAUGCCAAAGAUGAGAAGAAGGAAGAGAAGGAGGGGAAGGAGGAAGGAGAGGAAAGGAAGGAAGAGGAAGGAGAUGAAUCUCUUGAUGAACUAAAGAAACAAGUUGCAGAGGCUCAGAAAUUAACAGAGAUCUACCUGCGCCGGUUUAAGAAGGAGAAAAAGUUGCGGCGCAAGGUUCAGGAUCAGUUAGAACUACAGUCUAUAAAGAAGGCUCGGUUAGAGGAGGCUCUCUCAGCAGUCUCGUAUCAGACUUUUCUACAGCUUAAAGAAGAAUCCUAAUCAGUCAUACUUUACCUUACGACUUAAAUCAGCCAACAUUGUUUUUCAUCAGCCAUUGUAAAUGUUUAUCAGUCAUGUUACAUUAAUUUGUUAUUCAUUCAGUUCCUCAUUUUAUUUCCUCAGAUUCUUUUCUUAAAUUUGUCAUUACUUCCCUUCCAUUACUUUCCUUCCUUUAUUUCCCUUCCAUUACUUUCCUUCCAUUACUUUCCUUCCAUUAUUUUCCUUCUAUUACUUUCCUUCUAUUCAUUUCAUUACCCUAUAUUCUGUGUUAUUUCAUUUCUUUCGUCUCACUUCCUUUUCUUUUCCUCUCCUUUUAGUUUUUCUCCUGUUCUUUUCUCCUUCCCAGUUCCUUUUGUCUUUCAAUUCUUCUUCCUCUCCAGUUCUUUACUCCUUUCCCGUUCCUUUUUCCUUCCUCAGUUCCUUAUUUAUAUAAAUAUAUAUAUACUGUGUAUAGUUCACCCUGUGGAUCUCUGUUGUAUCUCUGAAUCACCCUGUAAACCUGCAAAAAAUCCAUUUUUAAACCUGAAUCUGUUUUUUAAAAAUUGAAAUCUUUAACAAAUGACAUUUUCUAAGAUGAAAAAUGUCAUAUAAUCAGAGAACUAGACAUUUCCAUUAAAUGUGUACAUUUAUGUUGUGCAUAUUUAAGAAAAACUUAAUUUAGCCAAUGCAUGGAAUCUUCCAAAAAAAAAUCCUUGAAAAGGAUUUGACUCUAACCCUUGUUUGAGAUAUUAAAACCUAGUUUAACAAGAGUAAAUGACAAUUUGUAUUGAAUUAACUGUGAUUAUUAUGUAAACUUUAAUUAAAGAAUAAAGUAUUUAAAAUUUAAAA